AUGGCCAGUGGUGGCAAUCCAGCAGCCAAGAGGGUAGUGGUAUACCGGAAUGGGGACCCCUUCUCCCCAGGCUGCCAGCUGGUGGUGAGUCAACGCCGCUUUCCCACCCUGGAGACCUUCCUCUGUGAGGUGACAUCGGCUGUGCAGGCCCCAGUGGCUGUGCGGGCCCUCUAUACGCCUUGUCAUGGCCACCCUGUCACGGACCUGGCGGACCUGCAGAACGGAGGGCAGUAUGUGGCUGCUGGCUUUGAAAGAUUCCGCAAGCUGCACUAUUUACCCCCUGGACGGAAGGCUCCAGGUGGAAAGAGCAGCAGACGAUCAGAUCCUCCUGAGACUCACUGCCCAUGUGAUGGGACCUGUGGACCACGACCACCGGCAGGUUCCCCCUGCUAUAUCCAUGUGUUCAGGAAUGGGGACCUGUUAAGUCCCCCAUUUAGCCUGAAGCUGUCCCAGGUGGCCAGCGAGGACUGGAAAACAGUGUUGAAGCUCCUGACUGAGAAGGCCAAACUACAGACCGGAGCUGUGUGCAAACUCUGCACCCUGGAAGGGCUCCCACUGUCAGCAAGAGAGGCUCUGGUGAAUGGCCAUUACUAUGUGGCUGUGGGAAAGGAUGAGUUCAAGGCCCUCCCCUAUCUGGAGCUGCUGGUGCCUAGCCCCUCACUGCCCAGGGGCUGCUGGCACCCUCCAGACCCAAAGUCUAGGCCUCACAAGCAGCAGGCCCAUGGCCACGGGGCACAGGCAACCCAGCCCUCUACAAAGGAGCCAAGCCAAAUUGAGCCAUCUGCUUUUCAUGCCAGACGCCAGCAGGCCAUUCAGCCAAGAAGCAGGCUCCCCACUCUCUCAUUUCCAUCAGGAGUCAAAGGAGUAUAUGAGGCUCCCCACCCAAGGAAGGAGACAGCGGGGGCCCAGGAAGUGCCAGAUGAUGAAGACACCUGUGCAGAGGAACCCUUGGACCAGAGGGCAGUGCAGAUGGUGGACGAGGCCCUGUGCCUGGAAAAGCAGCCUGGGACUGGGGCAGCGAUCUCAGCCUCAGCCCUGUCUCUGCCAUCUUGGGCACCAGCAGCUCCAGCCAGGAACUGGGGCGUCCACUCUGCAGCCACCAUUUAUCCUUGCCUCCAGCAGCCUGUUCCAGGGGACCCAGCGCCCCGCCUGGGCUCACAGGAUACCCUGUAGCCCCCUCAGCCCUGCCCCACUCUUCUGCUCCUAAACCCACAUCCUAGUCUUACUUUCCUUUGAAUAGAGCAGCCCUAGCCAUGGAGGCCAUGUCCUUAAGGGAUUAUCUGGCCAGAGAGAAGAGGAGCCAACCAACCUUUGUAGCCAAGAGAGACUACAAACUUGAGAGCAGG